CUAAUUUUUUGUGUGUGUAUUCUAUUACUGACAGUAACAAUAAAUUGUAAAAAAAGUAUUUUGAUACAUUGAUUUUUUGCAAACAAUCAAAUUACAAUGAAGGUAAAAAGAUUCUUACGUCGGUUGGCAAAAGUAGCUCAUGAUAUUAUGAUCCUAAAGUAAUUCAAAUUUGAAAAAUUACACAUUACUAUGGCUUUUUGAUCAUUUUAACAUACGUGGAUUUCAAAAUUCAAUUAUUAGAAUUUUAAUUUGAAGUAACUGUAUUUUGAGUAGUUCAUUUUUAACCUAUAAUGAAAAUACAUUAUAGGUAAUGAAAUAUACAGAUGUCGUUUUAAGUUCAAUGUAUAAUUAAUUAGCGAAUACAACAAUCAUUUGUAAAUGUAGUUUAGAUUUAUAAAAUCAAUAUUAAAAAAUUUAUUAAUGAUUUUUUUUUAUAAUAUAAUGUGUUAUUAAUUGGAAGACAUAGAGAGUGAUUUAAGUUCAGAUAAUAAUAAUGAAACGAAAUUUGACACAAUGCAGAACAAGGAUUUAAAAAUUCAACUCAUGUCGGACUUAAUAGAUAUGACAAAAGAGAAUAUGGAAGACAAUACUCUUCAUGAAAUUUUUGAAGAAUGUUAGAAAUUCGAAGAAAAUGUUAACGAACUUGGUAUGACAGAGCCUAAAAUAGCGGAAAAGCGUAUGCAAAAAGAAGAAGAAAUGGAGUGUUACUUAGGUCCAGUUGGUAAUCAUGAAAUGAAAUCUAACACAAUGCAGAACGAGGAUUCAGAAACUAAAAUCAUGGCGGCGUUAAAAGAUGUGAUAAAAGUAAAAGAGAAUAUGGAAGACAAUACUCUUCACGAGAUUCUUGAGGGAUGUGAGAAAUUAGAAAAUGAUGUUGAGGAACAUGGUAUGGCAGAGCUAAAAAUAAAACGUAAUGAAACAUACAGAUGUCGUUUUAAGUUCAAUGUAUAAUUAAUUAGCGAAUAUAACAAUCAUUUGUAAAUGUAGUGCAGAUUUAUAUAAUCAGUAUUAAAAAAUUCAUUAAU